AUGAUAUCGCGACGGUUGAUUUGUGUUUUCUUCGCCCUCGGUGCUGUGGCGGCUCCCCCGACGUCUCAGAAGGUCCUCGUGGGCGACUGCUCUCAGGAUGGGCUUCUGUGGGAUUGCGGCGUCAACGGGCUCGUCUGGACAAGGGGCGCGGUGCGGAUGAAUCACAUGCAGGUCGUCGGGUCGCACAACAGCUAUCACGUCGAGGCACCCAAGGCGGAGCGCGAUCUUCAGACUGCGUUUACGUCUGCGGCGACGGAUCUGCAGUAUUCGCAUGCUGCGCUGGAUGCGCAGUUGGAGUAUCUCCACGUGAGGAAUUUAGAGCUGGAUUUGCUUGCGGAUCCUGAGGGCGGCAUGUAUAGUGAUCCGCUGCUUAGAAGGUUUGCUAGGCUGGGCCCGCUGGAUGAUGCGAAGCUCAAGAAGAAGGGGACAAAGGUGUUGCAUAUACCGGAUGUGGACUACCACACUACUUGCUCGACGCUGGUGUCUUGUCUGCGCGUCAUCAAGACGUGGAUGGAUGCGCACCCGGAUAGCGUGCCGCUGCCCAUCAUGAUGGAGUUCAAGACGGCCGAGGAGCUGGGAGAAAGGCUUGGUGGUGCCAAGGUGGUGCCGUGGGACACUGAUCUUUUGAACGUCGUCGAUGAGGAGAUUCGGUCUGUUUUCGACAAGUCGCAGCUCAUUACUCCGGAUGAUGUGCGCAGAGACGGCCUGACGCUGGAGGAAUCCGUCUUGAAGCACGGAUGGCCGGAUUUGGACAGCGCAAGGGGGAGAAUCUUUUUCCUGAUGGACAAUGGGCCGGUUCAUGAUGUGCGGGAUGCGUAUAUCGAGGGGCGGCCGAAUCUGGAGGGGAGAGUGCUGUUUACGAAUAGCGCGCCUGGACAAGGCGACUGUGCAUUCCAAAGGCUUAACGAUCCCUUAACCGAUGCAGACGUCGACUUCAUCCAAGCCCAAGUCCGCGCAAACUACUGGGUCCGCACCCGCGCCGACGAGCCCCUCAGGACGGUGUUCGAGGAAAAGUGCAAUGUGUCUCGGCGCGACGCGGCGCUUCGGUCGGGGGCGCACAUUGUGUCGACGGACUUUGCGGGCUAUGAGCUGAGUUCGCGGUGGGGAUGCGAUUAUGCUGUGAGGAUGCCUGGGGGGAGGGGGGCGAGGUGUAAUCCUGUGACGGGGAUUUGGGGGGGCUGUGAGGGGGGGUUGGAGCCGGAUGAGUAUACGAUGAAUUAG